AUGUUCUACCACAACGUCAACAUGCAUUACACAGAUGAGCUGAUGGAAUCGGGUCCCGAUUCAAUUGCAUAUCACAACAUCGACUUCGCCAUGCAUAAGUAUCUCUUAUUGCAGAACCAACACGAAGAGCUUCGGCAACAUAUGCACGAUCUCUGCCCUUCCUAUACGACGUCUUCUACUGCGGUGACUUCGCCUUCAGUCUCACCAACACGGUCGCUCAGCGGUAGCCCAUCGCUUAAGCUUUCACCUUCCCCUUCGCGGAAUCACCGAAGAUCAUCACUUUCGUCCGUUAGGAGCUCGGGAUACCGAAGCUCGCAGACUCAGCUGGAACCGGUCCUGGACGAAUCAUUGAUUGAAGAAAUGGCGGCAGAAGAGCAAAAGCUCUUCGACGUCAACGAGAGCAUCAAGAGAGCCCUAACAGAGCUUCUUAACUGCGACACGGUACGGAAGGACCAGGAAAUGCGAACUUGGGUGCAGACCCGGUUAAUGAACACGGAAAGGGAGCUGCGCAGCGGACGAAGACGGCGAAGCCAUGGUGGAUUUGACUAA